AUGAAUGACACAAAUUCUCAUGCUGAAAAAUGCAAAGAGAAAAAGGGACCUCACUCAGUUUCAACCCAACCUAAGCUGAUAUAUACUUGCCUUCAGCUUAAAAUUCUCCCGAGUCAUGGGUUGAAAUCCAAGCCCGUUUUCCAAGAACAAAGAAGGAGGCGCGUUCACUAUCUACAUUACUUAAAUAGCCUUUAUCAUGACGAUUAUUUUGCUGCUGUUGAGAAUCUUCAUUGCUACUUUGAUUACAGUGCAGGGAUAGAGGGAUUUGAUUUUGUUCCACCUUCUGGAUCAAAUAAUUCUGCAAGAUACGAGAUUGCUUUGUUAUGUUUAGGGAUGAUGCACUUCUACUUCGGACAUCCCAAGCAAGCUUUGUUGGUCUUAACUGAAGCAGUGCGCAUUUCUCAAGUGGACUCUGUUAAGAUUCUUUGA